AUGGAUUUUCUUUUUUGUUGUUGUAAACGAUCUCGUAUUUUUUUGUUCUAUCUCUCUCUCUCUCUCUCUCUCUCUCUCUCUCCUUUUAUUUGUAUUGACCAUUCCCUUUUUGAAAUAUCUGCAACCAUUUCUGUUUUUUGUUUCGCAUAUUUCUCUCUCUCUCUCUCUUUCAUUCAUUAUCUCCCCAUUCUCUCCCUAAGUCUCUCUUUCCCUAGCUCUCCCCUCUCUCUAUCUUUCUCUCUCUCUCUCUCUCUAGCUCUCCCUUCCUUCUUUCUAUCUCUCCUAAGUCUCUCUAGCUUUCCUCUCUCUCCCCUCUCUAGAUCUCCCACUCUCUCUCUCUCUCUCUCUACUCUCUCUCUCUCUCCUUUAUCUAGCUCUUCUCUUCUUCCCCCUAUCUCUCCCCCUCUCUCUCUCUCUCUCUCUAAUUUUCUCUCCCUCUCUCUAACUCCCUCUUCCCUCUCUCUUUCUAUCUCUCUUUUGCUCUCCCUCUCCUCCUCUCUAGCUCCCUCUUUCCCCCUUUCUCUUUCUCUCUCUAGUUCUCUCCUUCUCUAUCUGUCGCUCUCCCCUUAUUUUUCUCUUGCUCCCCCAUCUCUCUCUAGCUCCCCCUCUCUCUUUAGCUUUUCUCUCUCUUACACAGAAACUGUAGCUUCAUCUUUCUUUGCUCUCCGUCUUUUUCUACCCCCUCUCUCUCCCUUUCGCUCUCCCUCUGUUUCUACCACCUUUCUCUCCCUUUCGCUUUCCCUCUCUCUCUACCUCCCUCUCUCUCCCUUUUGCUCUCCCUCUCUUUCUACCCUCUCUCUCUCCCUUUUCGCUUUCCCUCUCUUUCUACCACCUCUCUCCCUUUCGCUCUCCCUCUGUUUCUACCACCUUUCUCUCCCUUUCGCUCUCCCUCUCUUUCUACCCUCUUUCUCUCCCUUUCGCUUUCCCUCCCUUUCUACCCCCUAUCUCUCUCUUUCGCUUUCCCUCUCUUUCUACCUCCCUCUCUCUCCCUUUCGCUUUCCCUCUCUUUUUACUCCCUCUCUCUCCCUUUCGUUCUCCCUCUCUUUCUACCUCCCUCUCUCUCCCUUUCGCUCUCCCUCUUUCUACCCCCUCUCUCUCCCUUUCGCUCUCCCUCUUUUUGCCUUUCGCUCUCCCUCUAUUUUUACACCCUCUCUCGCUCUCCUCUCUUUCUACCUCCCUCUCUAUCCCUUUCGCUCUCCCUCUCUUUCUACCCCCCUCUCUCACUUUUAG